AUGACAUCAGAGGUUGAUGCCAUUGAACCAGCGCCGAUAGCGCCUGGCGAUCACAAAGCUUACCUGCAGUAUGCCCUCUCUCUGGCGAAGCAAUCACCGCCAAAACCUACCAACUACCGCGUCGGGGCAGUCCUCGUCAACCCUGCAAGCAAUGCCGUCGUCUCAACGGGAUACACGUUGGAGCUACCCGGCAAUACCCACGCCGAGCAGUGCUGCUUCAUGAAGCUGGCGGAACAGCAUGAGGUGGCGGAAGAGGAGCUUGGCUCGGUGAUCAAGACACCCCUCGUCCUCUACACCACCAUGGAGCCGUGUUCACUGCGGUCCGUCAUCAAGGCCGUGUACGUCGGUGUCCAAGAGCCCGAGAAAUUCGUCAAGGACAACACGGGACGGGCGGCCCUUGAGAGGGCGGGUAUCGACUUUGUCCACAUUAAGGGGCUGGAGGGCGACAUUCUGAAGGUGGCGACGGCAGGACAUGUGAAGACGCCAGCAUAA